AUGGAACCAGGAUUGAUAUCUCAACAGACACGGCCGCGUUUCGCGCGGAAAUAUGGCCGUUCAUACCAAUCUUUUGGACAGCUUUCCUCUGCGAGCUUGGGUUCCCGCCAUAUGGGAAAAGUCCGAGUGGAUUGUCGAUUCCGUCUGUCUGAGUCCCAAUGGGGCACAAUAAAUAAUUCCAGUCCGGCCGGAAUUCUGUACGUCGACCUCAAUUUCGACCAGCCUCAAGAUUGUCGGCUCAAGUCCGCCGCCGUGCUGGUCAUGCUGGAGAAGGAAGAGCCUCUUGACUCUGACGCAAAACCCCAAUCCCUCAACCAUAACACACUCCAGCUGACCGAUUACUAUGGCCCGAAGCACCUCAACGGUGAGCCAACGGUUUUGCCCACGAAGCGAGUCUACCAAUUUAUGCCGGAAGCAAAUGCCAUGGGAUGCAGCGGCGGUGGGGUUGGCAUUCAGAACGAACAAACAACAAACGAGGUCAGGCGAUGGGCAUUCACCGGCCAAUUGAUGCCGGGCAAAUCCGCGAGCAGCGCAGUCGUGUAUCGUACGCUGAAGUGGGAGUUGACCGAAAACGAGCUCGAUUCACAAUCGUUUCACAGCAACGUGAUCCGGACGGGUUUUGCAUUUGAGCAUGAUCGUGAAGUCUUUCGGAUACGCGUUGAAAUCAACGGCAAAUUACAAAAGAGAACCCAUCAGCUGAAGGAAGCCUGGAAGGGUAAGGCCCGGAACUUCAGAUUCCCCCCAGAAGCAAAACAGGAUCAAGGGUCUGCAGUCACCCUCGUCGACGUUCGACAAACAAAACAGUUUAAGCAUCAACUUGAUAGUCUGGCAAUCGGUCUACCAGAUGAGAUGAUCAAGCGAAAUCAGCUCGACGUUCCUGUGGAGGUCCCGAAUUCCAUGCCAUCUUUAUUC